CGCCCGUCUUCCCAACGAUCUCUUUUUUUUUUUCUCUUUCUUCCUCCAGGAUUACCAACGCAAUCCCCUUCCUCCUCCGCUAAAAAUCUUGAUCCGACUCGCUGAGCUAACUCAUCGCAACUGAUCGCCGCCGAGAAUUUCUUCACUCCAUAUCCUCAGUCUUGAAUGGAGAUCUCCUCGGCCGAGCCGCCUUCUCCGAUUGGCGGCAGUAGUGGCGGUGGUGACGCCGCUUCUGUGUCCUCGCGAUCGGUAAACUCUUAUUCAUCGUCGUCUUCGUCGUCUAGUCCUUCUUCCGUGAAGAAGGAAGAGAGCGUAUCGUCUUCGGCGGCGGCUGUGGCGAGGUUCGAUGAGGAAGAGGAGGAGGAAGAGGAUGUUUGCAGGAUCUGCAGGAACCCAGGGGAUGCGGAGAAUCCGCUGCGUUAUCCGUGCGCGUGUAGUGGAAGUAUCAAGUUUGUUCACCAAGAUUGUCUCCUUCAGUGGCUUAAUCACAGCAACGCUCGGCAGUGCGAGGUAUGCAAGCAUGCGUUUUCCUUCUCCCCUGUUUAUGCCGAGAAUGCGCCAUCAAGACUUCCUUUCCAGGAGUUUGUAGUUGGAAUGGCAAUGAAAGCUUGCCAUGUUCUGCAGUUCUUUUUACGCCUUAGUUUUGUACUUUCUGUUUGGCUCCUUAUAAUACCUUUUAUUACAUUUUGGAUAUGGCGGCUGGCCUUCGUAAGGAGCUUUGGUGAAGCCCAGAGAUUAUUUCUAAGUCACAUCUCAACUACAAUUAUUCUUACUGAUUGUUUGCACGGAUUCCUUCUUUCUGCUAGCAUUGUGUUCAUUUUCCUUGGGGCUACUUCUUUGAGAGAUUACUUCAGGCAUUUACGGGAGCUUGGAGGGCAGGAUGCUGAGAGGGAUGAUGAAGGGGACAGAAACGGUGCUCGUGCUGUAAGGCGACCUCCUGGGCAAGCUAAUAGAAAUCUCGCUGGUGAUGGGAAUGCUGAAGAUGCUGCUGGAGCACAAGGAGCUGCUGGUGCUGGUCAAAUAAUAAGGAGGAAUGCAGAAAAUGUUGCUGCACGAUGGGAGAUGCAGGCAGCUCGCCUUGAAGCACAUGUUGAACAGAUGUUUGAUGGGCUGGAUGAUGCUGAUGGUGCAGAGGAUGUGCCGUUUGACGAACUUGUUGGCAUGCAGGGUCCUGUGUUUCAUUUGGUUGAAAAUGCAUUUACUGUCCUGGCAAGCAAUAUGAUAUUCCUUGGUGUGGUUAUCUUUUUGCCCUUCACUAUUGGUCGGAGCAUACUGUAUUACGUAUCCUGGAUUUUCUCCUCUACUAGUGGUCCUCUGCUCUCAGCAGUUAUGCCACUUACAGAUACCGCCCUCUCAUUAGCAAAUACAACACUGAAGAAUGCAUUAACUGCUGUUUCAAAUUUGACAUCUGAAGGCCAAGAAAGUGGUCUGAUCGGCCAAGUUUCAGAAAUGCUAAAAGCAAAUGUUAGCGGACUAAAUGAAAUUUCAAGCAAUACAAGUGCACCAAUUUCAGCCGAGCUUUUAAAAGGGGUUACUGUUGGAACAUCUCGGCUUUCUGAUGUUACAACUCUGGCUAUUGGAUACAUGUUUAUAUUCUCUUUGGUUUUCUUCUAUCUGGGCAUUGUUGCUUUAAUACGGUACACUAAGGGUGAGCCAUUAACUAUGGGAAGAUUUUAUGGUAUUGCUUCUAUAGCAGAGACAGUUCCAUCUCUUUUCCGACAGUUCUUGGCUGCAAUGAGGCAUUUAAUGACAAUGAUCAAGGUGGCUUUCUUGUUGGUCAUUGAGCUUGGGGUGUUCCCUUUGAUGUGUGGAUGGUGGCUAGAUGUUUGUACAAUCAGGAUGUUUGGGAAGACAAUGUCUCAUAGAGUCCAAUUCUUAUCCGUUUCUCCUUUGGCAAGUUCAUUGGUUCAUUGGGUUGUAGGAAUUGUGUAUAUGCUGCAAAUAAGCAUAUUUGUUAGCCUUCUUCGGGGGGUCCUGCGCCAUGGAGUUUUAUACUUCCUUCGAGAUCCAGCUGAUCCUAACUAUAACCCUUUUCGUGAUCUAAUAGAUGAUCCUGUUCACAAACAUGCUCGCAGAGUUCUGUUAUCUGUUGCAGUUUAUGGGAGUUUGAUUGUGAUGCUGGUAUUUUUACCAGUGAAACUUGCAAUGCGGGUGGCACCCUCCAUUUUCCCACUUGAUAUAUCGGUGUCAGAUCCAUUCACUGAAAUUCCUGCCGACAUGCUUCUCUUUCAAAUCUGCAUUCCUUUUGCUAUUGAGCAUUUUAAAUUGCGAACAACAAUAAAAUCUCUCCUCCGUUAUUGGUUUACAGCAGUUGGCUGGGCACUUGGUUUGACCGACUUUCUACUGCCCAAACCCGAGGAUAAUGGUGGCCAAGAUAGUGGAAAUGGAGAACCAGGGAGGCAGGACAGACUCCAGGUGCUACAAUUAGGUGGACAGGAUCGUGCCAUGGUUGCACUUGCAGCAGCUGCUGAUGAUGCAAACAGAAGCCUCCUUGGAUCAGGGAACCCUGAUGUUUCCGAGGAAUAUGAUGGUGAUGAACAGUCCGACUCUGAGUACGGCUUUGUACUGCGUAUUGUCCUCUUGCUGGUGGUUGCGUGGAUGACCUUGCUUGUCUUCAAUUCUGCCUUGAUAGUGGUGCCAAUUUCACUGGGACGCUUGCUUUUCAAUGCCAUACCUCUCCUCCCAAUAACUCAUGGCGUCAAGUGCAAUGAUCUUUACGCCUUCAUCAUUGGGACAUACGUCAUCUGGACUUCCAUAGCUGGAGCUAGAUAUUCUAUUGAGCAUGUCAGAACAAAGAGGGCUGUGGUUUUGAUAAGCCAAAUUUGGAAAUGGUGCGGCAUUGUUAUGAAGAGCUCUGCACUUCUUUCAAUAUGGAUUUUUGUUAUUCCAGUAUUAAUUGGGCUUCUUUUCGAGCUUUUGGUAAUUGUGCCGAUGCGAGUUCCUGUUGAUGAAAGCCCAGUUUUUCUCCUGUAUCAGGACUGGGCAUUAGGUCUAAUUUUUCUGAAGAUCUGGACAAGACUGGUUAUGUUGGAUCACAUGCUUCCAUUGGUGGAUGAAAGCUGGCGAAUUAAAUUUGAAAGGGUGAGGGAUGACGGUUUCUCCAGGCUGCAAGGCCUUUGGGUGCUUCGGGAGAUUGUGUUUCCAAUCAUGAUGAAGCUAUUGACAGCCCUAUGUGUACCUUACGUGUUGGCAAGAGGAGUUUUUCCUGUGCUAGGCUAUCCGUUGGUCGUGAACUCGGCAGUCUACCGAUUCGCCUGGCUCGGAUGCCUCUCUUUCAGUCUUCUGUGCUUUUGUGCAAAAAGAUUUCAUGUUUGGUUCACAAACCUUCAUAACUCCAUACGGGACGAUCGAUAUCUCAUCGGCCGCAGGCUUCAUAACUUUGGUGAAGACUUUGGAGAGAAGCAGAAUGAAGCAACUAGCUCUGAAACACAGAAUUCUGAUUCUAGAGUUGCGGGUUUAAUCCGACAUGACAGAGAAGUCGAUAUGGGUUUGAGGUUGAGACGUGCUUAUUGAGAACAGAGGUUAACUCGUGCCAACAGUAGGCCCCAAGGAGGUUUUUUCUGUCAGCACGAGGUUUAAUAUAAGCAGUAGGUUUUGAGCUUUUAGUAGGUAAGUUUGCAGGCUGUGUCUCCUCCAUGCAGGUCCUGGAAAUGUGAUUGUAAUUUUAGAAAUAUAAUAAUUCGUCUCUGUGCAUAUUACGACUGUUGACUUAGUAAUUAGAAGGAAACAGAGUUGGGAAGACCUGGUUUUAUUUACAGAAAAAAGAUUACUGUAACGUGAUUAUACUUAGCCGAGCUGAAGCUGAUAUAUAUUGCCAUCAGAUUUAUCUCGCUCUGCCUCCGAAA